AUGUCGAAAGAAACAGAGAUUGUGGUCGAGGAGGGAAAGCAGGAUAGUAGUGCGUCUACCGAGAUCGAAGCGGAGUUGGGGACUUCGACUACAGUCUUUGCUGGGCAUGAUCAUGUUGAGGAAAGCCAUGGCUUGCUAAUACGUUUGUUGCUCAAACUGCGUACCAGAAAUCCAGACGCUACUGGUCCUCCACCUGACCAUGGAUUUACGGCGUGGUCUCAGGUUGCGCUGUGUCACUUAGCGAUGUUCAAUACAUGGGGAAUAAUUAACAGCUACGGAGUCUUUCAAACACACUAUACAACCACUUUGUCCCUUCCACCAUCGACAAUAUCAUGGAUUGGUUCUCUUCAAAUCUUUCUGCUCUUCUUCUUGGGUAGCUUUUCAGGUCGAGCGACGGAUGCUGGAUACUUCCGACCAGUAUUCAUCCUCGGUACAUUACUCCAGCUCCUCGGCACCUUCUCAUUGUCUGGCGCGACCAAAUACUGGCAGAUUCUGCUUGCUCAAGGAAUAUGUACAGGUGUGGGAAAUGGACUUGUAUUUUGUCCUGCUUUUGCUAUCCUCUCCGGAUAUUUUGCGCGAAAUAGGGCACUAGCGAUUGGAAUCGCAGCUUCUGGCUCUGCCACUGGAGGUGUGAUAUUUCCUGCUAUCGCCUCUCGAUUGCUUCCCAGAAUUGGCUUUCCGUGGACUGUGAGGGUUAUCGGGUUUGUCAUGCUGAGUACAGCAUGCUUGACCGUCCCUUUCUUCAAGUCAAGACUUGGCCCAAGACGUACUGGGCCUUUCUUGGAGCCAGGAGCCUUCAAAGAGUUGCCAUAUCUACUGUUUAGUAUUAGCAUGUUCCUAACAUUUUGGGGCUUGUAUUUUGCAUUUUACUAUGUCGGAAUAUGGGCGAAGCAGGUACUUGGUACAAGCAACACUACAACGAUUGAUGUGCUCAGUGUCAUGAAUGGCUUAGGUCUUUUCGGCCGAUUACUGCCUGGAUUUAUAUCUGAUCGAUACACUGGACCCCUGAACACUCUGCUUCCCUUCGUUGCAUUUUCCAGCAUUUGUUUGUUCUGCUGGUCCGCGGUGAAGGGCGUCGGUGGUCUCUAUGCCUUCGCUGUCUUUUAUGGUUUCUUUGCAGCUGGAAUCCAAAGUCUAUUUCUAGCUACUCUUGGAAGCUUGACGAAAGAUCCAAAGAAACAAGGUGUGAGAAUGGGUAUGAUGCUAGGCGUUAUAAGUGUGCCGGCUUUGACGGGCUCACCACUCGGUGGCGCGUUGGUACAGAAAGGAGAUGGUACAUAUUUGUACGCGCAGAUGUUUGCGGGUGCAUCGAUGGCGUUGGGUUUUGCAUUCUUAAUCGCGGCGAGGGUAGCAUCGGUUGGUUGGAAAUUGAAAGCGAAACUUUAG